AUGGGUGACAAGCACCUCAACGAGCUCCUCAAAUGGAGUAUCGAAAACCAAGAAACCAGCGGCGAGAACGGCACCUCAGCACCCGCCGAUGCCACCGCCGUAAGAGCGCCCGCCAGCACCCUCAACCCCGAGGCCAUCGCAGCCCUCUUCGGCAACGGCCCCAGCGACGCCGAGCUCAUGAAGCUCUCCAUGGAGGCAAUCACCUCCCCGGACCCGGAAAUCACACUCGACAACAAGCUCAUCGCCUUUGACAAUUUCGAGCAACUCAUCGAGAACCUCGACAACGCAAACAACAUCGCCAACCUCGGCCUCUGGACCCCGCUGCUCUCCUGCCUCGAGCACGAGGCCCACGAGCUGCGCCGCAUGGCCGCCUGGUGCGUCGGCACCGCCGUCCAGAACAACCUGCCCAGCCAGGAGCGCCUGCUCGCCGUGGGCGGCAUUCCGCCCCUCGUGGCGCUCGCGACCAAGGACGGCGAGGAGGAGGCUGUGAGGAGGAAGGCCGUCUACGCGCUCAGCUCUGCCGUGCGGAACUACCAACCCGGCGCGGACGUUCUCACGGACGAACUGCAGAAGAAGGGCCUGCGUAACGGCAAGGUUGACGCUGAGAACAUGGAUGACAUUGAUGAGAUUAUGAAUGCGCUCAAGGCCAAGAUCACGGCAUAG